AUGGACAACUAUGACAUGUUGCAAGAUGCCUGUACGGCCCUCCUAGAAAUUCUGGAGAAGAGUUCAGACUCUGUGAAAGAAGCAUACAAGUACAUGCAAGCCCUUCCUGAGGAUGUUCGAGACAAGCUCUUCCCAUUCUAUAGUCAUCAUAGUCUUGGAAUAGAGAGGGCGAUGUGUGGAAACCAAACAUUGAAGGAAAUGCCUGGUAGAUCAGACCAAGAAGAGCUGUACGCUAGGUUUGGUUUCCUUCAUGCAUCUUGCAAGAAGGGAGAUGUCGACGCUGCUCACAUGUUAAUGUGCUGGGGGAUUGAACCAUGUUGUAAGAAUACAGAGGGUAGAAGUGCAUUGGAAAUAGCUACCACUGAGGGGCAUCUCAACAUUAUCACUGAACUGGUGAAAAUAGAUGAAGGACUACUAGAGGAUGUUGCCGAGUUGAAACUCCUUGUCUGUCGUGCAUGCAAGGCAGGGAAGAAGGAAAUCAUAGACUUCUGGUUUGAUCAACUGGUAAGACAUGGACAUCUACUCUUCGAGCAACAUAAACCCAAUCCACUCCUGUUUGCAUGUCAAGGUGGGCAUUACAGCAUAGUAGCAGAUCUGAUUGACAGAGGUUUAGUUAGCAUUGAUGAAGCAGCAGUCUAUAUGAUGGGCGCUGAUAUCUUGCCACUCCUCAAGAUAUGGGUUGUACCUAAUGACUCCAGCACUAAUACCGACAACGACAAAAAGGAACUCAUUGCAAAUUGGCACCACAAGCAGCUCAAUACCUUUGACCCAUCGUGGCUUCAGGGUUUUCAAGACUCAACCCAUCAAGUCCUGUCAACCAUCAAUCUAUCCCAGAAUUCUCUCUCCUCUGUACCAGAGGGUCUCCUAUGGGGUUUACAGAAUCUACGUCAUCUCAACAUAUCCCAGAAUUCAAUUCAGAGACUGCCGUCCCCGAAAAGCCAUCGAAACUUGAGCGAGUGUCGUGAUACACAUACCGUGCCUUUGAGUUAA